AUGACAGGAAAUAACAAAAUACUUAUUGAAAAUAAAAAAGCGUUUGAAACAGUUCAGGAGUUAAAAGAUGAAUAUAAAAUUCCUUCUUAUGAAGAGUUUAUGGAAACUUACGAGUCAAGUGAGGAAUCAGAAUUACUUACUGAAGCCGAAUACCAAGAUAGAGUGUUGCAUGGUUCUCAGUAUGGAUCGGGUAAUGAGCAAUCAAGAACUGCAGCAAGAAAUGGUACUGGAAUAGGUAUAGCACUUCUCACUUUUGUUUGUCCACCAGCAGGGGUAAGCGUGGCAGUAGGGACUGCUAUAGCGGGAACGGGAAUUGCAGUAGGUGCUAAUGCUAUGGGAGAUGAUGAAGCUGCUAAUUUUGGUGGGGAAUUGAUUGGGAUGGGAGCAAUGGCGGCUAUAAGCGGAACAAGCAACCUGUCUGCUCAUGCUAAAAAAGCCGGACGAGGAGCUUUAGCUGGACCAAUAAUAGUGGCUUCGGUUAUCCUUCCCACUGGUUAUCAAAAUCCUUUAAUUCAGGAUUCCAAGAUACUUAGUCCUAGUCAAAGAAAGAGGGCUUAUCGAAUAGUAAAAAAUGAAGCAUUAGAAUAUAAUGUAGUUGCCAAAGAUGUUCGGGAGGUGGAAAUUAAAAAUCCACUUGGAGCCACCAAAGAAGCCAUGGUAGAAACUAUUUUAAACUUGAAAAAUAAGCCUAGUUUGUGCUUGGUAGAUGGUAAAGAAAAAAUAGUGGCGGAAGGAGUUAAAACGGUAAGUGUGAUUGGUGGUGAUCGGCGGUCAAUUAACAUUGCCGCUGCUUCUAUUAUUGCAAAAGUAACUCGUGAUACCCUCAUGCAAAAAUUGCAUAAAAAAUACCCCCUUUAUGACUGGUUUGGAAAUAAAGGUUAUCCUAACAAUACCCACUUAACCGCUAUUUUUCAUCACGGAAUCUGUGAUUUGCAUCGCAAAACUUACGAACCAAUCAAAAGUUUAUUAAAACCAGACUGUGACAAAAAGAAACUUCGCGAAAAGUAUAAACUUUAA